AUGAAGUAUGUUCAUUCAAGUUGUCUAUCGGACUGGGUCUUUUACCAUCGAUCACUCACUUGUGAGGUGUGCGGUACAACGUACAGUGUCGCAAAGGUUUUGUCUUGUCAGCGGAAUGGCGCGACAUGUGAGAGAUACCUAGACCUUUUAUGGAUUUGCAUGCGGCGCUUCAUGCGGCAGAACCUACAUACCCUCCUCUGGGCGCUGUUCCGCGUACUAGCCCUCAUGCUUCCUAUUCUGUGUAUUGCAGUUUUUUACCGCGUCUUUGGCCCACUUCUCUCACCAAACUUGCCGUGGAGUUCCGUUACUCUAUCAUGGAUCGAUGUGGGCGAUUACUCAUUUUCCUCCUCUUUGGCUGCGAGUGUGGAGAUAAUGCUUCUUCAGAGUCCAAUUUUCUUUCUCUGGGAUGCGUGGCGAGGGUGGUACGCCUCAAACGAGGACAUUCUUGUAGGCGUGAUGCAACUUGAAGCAGAAGAAAUGCAGACAGCGGCGGAGAGAUUUAUCCCCAAUGAACGCCUGACGGAGUCAGAUGAGGAGCCUGACGAGGAAUUCCUGCACACCACGAGUGAGAAUCAUGCACUCGAGCCGGCUCGACUCCCAGAGGAAAACGCGACGAUUCUCGAGGCUAUAGUCUCAGCGCGGUAUCAACGAAAGGACUUUCCGAAUACACAUUGGCUGAUACCAUCAUCGAUGUUGCGCUUCAGCACACGGUUCAUUCUCUUUUAUUUAUCUCUAUGGUUGCUGUUUAAGCUAAUCCCUGAGGGGCUGCAUCGUGCGGCAACGGUGUUGUGGGGACUCUUCGACGGCACUCAACGUUGCGCUACUGGUGUCGAGCAAAUCCUCAUGGUGAUAUCCGAAUCAAGUGGCGUUGCGCGUGUUCGGUGUGCCAUGCUUUUCUCAUUCGCUGAAGCUGUGAUUUCUUCUAGUAUGGUCUCCUGGACCCUUACAUAUGGCCGAAGAAUGCUUGCUGUCUGGUUGUUGCUGUUUUGCGCGAAGCGAUUGACUCGUAUGCCGUAUCGAAAGACAAUUGCCUCCACAGUUAUCUACCUGCGGGGGAUACUGAAUUUGCUUAUGCUCGUACAUCUCGCUCUUCCAACAGUGUGCUUUCUGACAAUGGUUCUCUCUCUCGAUUUCUUUGCGGCGGAUACCUCGUUUGAUGCAGAUGACUAUAAAGCAGCUUGGAAAUUACUUGGCCUAUCGUCCAUGAAGCGUACAUCUCGUGUUUAUUCUACUGAUCUACCACAUGCUGUGGAGUCGCCAUCACCAGUGACUAUUUUGAAGGCAUUAAAUACUCUUUCGCAGGCAGAACUCGAAGAUCAGUGUUGGAAUUUUGGUGACACGUGUAUUGUGAAUAGCACAAUGACUUCGAAUAACGAAGUGUGGACGGUGGAAGGUAAUGACCCAUGGCUCUUUCCGCUCUUUGCUGCCACAGUUUUUGUGUCCAAAGUUGACAUAAUUGCGCUCAUUACGACAGGAUAUAUGGCAGUAUUCUUUGCAGCCUUUGUUUACGGCCUUUUAUGUAUUGGUGUCGCAUCACUACCCAGGGGUUGGGUUAGAUGGAGUUCUCUUUGCCGAAUUUUACAUGCCAACGUCUAUCAGGUAAUCAGUUUUUUUGACGUGAAAACCUUACUUCUCGUCUAUGGUGAGGUGGUUGCCCUAACAGUGUUUGCUUUGUAUAUACUUCUUCGGAACUCAUUAACUUUGGUUCGUGUUAUAGAUCCAACUGUGUUGCCUGUGAUGUUCAUGGAAGGUGCUAACGCCUCCUCAUCUGUUUGUUGGGUGCGAGUGCUGUUCCUUAUCUACACGGCUCCGCAAGAGAUUUUUGAAGCUCUUCACCAACGCAUCACGGGCGCGGUGGGGAGUUUGUUUGAAAUUGGUGAGGUGAUGCAGAGGGGGCCAAUUUCGCUGCCGCAAUAUUUUUCGAGGGUUGUCCGAGUUACUGCGUUCGCUGCAUGCUAUUGGAUCUCUAUUGUUCUGUUGAUGACGGCAUAUACGAUUCCUGGGAUUUAUAUGGUAACUAGGCGGAUGGGAAUUGCUCGCGGUAUUCUUUUUGCACAUCUGAACGCAUACAAAGGCGUACGCUUUAUCUACCCAAAUGCAUUGCCCGUAGCUGUAGCGCAAAUGAGAAAUUUGGCUUUACAAGUUCCCUCUAUGCUUGUUGAUUGGAAGCAAAAGUGGUGGAUCAGCUCGUGUUUGGGGUUGUGGCUGAAGAAAAGGUUAAACCCUGGAGAAAACCUCUUCUCAUACGAGCUUGCACGCGUUCACGGUAUGCCUUCGGAUGUUCGCUUUGAGUUUGCUUUUGAGAUUGAGACCACCUGUGCGCGUUUGAGGGAGUACACAAGAGAUGGAAAUGCGUAUUUGUCCCUUCAGCGAAUAGAAAGCGCUCUGAAAUGUCAUCUUUCCUCUCGACGCGCAAGCGCUAACACUUGUUAUCUGACGGAGGAAGAUGUAUCCCUGCUGCAUGAUUGCUUGAGGCUUCCCAGUGUUCAGCACUCUCUGCGUUUUUUUUUGACGUGGGUGAUUCUGGUGCUGGUGUUCCCUUGUUUAGUUGGAGCGGCGGUGCUCUCAUUCCUGCGUAGUUUGUUCUCUACGCCGCACUGCUAUACAGGCCCUUUGAUUUCGAUGGUCCUCAUGUCAUGGUUAUUAGGCAUUCUGGUGAUGCUCUUGCUUUGCAUUCGUAAAACUGCGCGAAUAAACCUAUUUGCACGAUUGCGACUGUAUCUCUUUUGUGGGUGCCACCACUUUACGACAAUGGGCGGAGUCGUUUUUGUGGUGGUGCCUAUAUUUGUACAGGUUGGAGCUGUCACAAUUGUUCCAUAUGCUUUGCAUAACGCUCUGCUUCCGUUGAUACUACGCCCAGGAGACACACCUGCUCUGAAUCCUUUCAUCUUCCUUGCUGGAGUCCUGGAAGCGUUGAACCUCACUGGAGGGAAUUGGACAAGGAGAGAAGUUGCGAGGCGUGUGCUGACGCGACUACGCGACGUCGUGGGCCAGGGACCUCCGGUAACUGAUGUGCCUUCUGCGGGCGGCUCCGACGCUGUGGAGGCUUCCACACGGCAAGACGGUGCUCUUGAGGAAGAGUCGAACGGCGGGGAAGCGCCCCGUACCUUUUUGAUGCGCACAAUUGACGCGUCGAUGCGUUUGUGUAGAAAGAGUUUAGCAUGGGCGAAAUUCAAGUUACACACGGUGGGAGAAGCGAGCGUGAUAUUCCUCAAGAAGAUGGCUGAAAGGGAAAGUGUCAUGACGGUCAUAUUCGUGGACCGGCCAGUAACUGCCGAGUAA